AUGAACCAGUCUGAACUGACAACGGACCCGGUGCUCACUGCCAACAGCAGCCAUGGAGACUCCUUUGCUGGCAGGGCCUCCAACCUCUCAUGCCCCUUGGGCUGGGGGCUGAACGAAGGCCUCGGGGCUUGCGUACUGGAGACUGCUGUCAUUGUACUUCUGACCGUGCUCAUUAUUGCAGGGAACCUGACGGUGAUCUUUGUGUUCCACUGUGCCCCUCUGCUACACCACUACACCACCAGCUACUUCAUUCAGACCAUGGCCUAUGCUGACCUGCUGGUGGGUCUUAGCUGCCUGGUGCCCACCCUGUCUCUGCUCCACUACCCAGCAGGUGUCCAGGAGCCCAUCACAUGCCAGGUCUUCAGCUAUGUCAUCUCUGUUCUGAAGAGUGUUUCAAUGGCCUGCUUGGCUUGUAUCAGUGUGGACCGCUACCUGGCCAUAACUAAACCACUAUCUUAUAACCAGCUGGUGACGCCAUGCCGGCUACGAGGCUGCAUCACCCUAAUCUGGGUCUACUCUAGCCUGGUUUUCUUGCCCUCCUUUUUUGGGUGGGGUAAGCCAGGCUAUCAUGGGGACAUUUUUGAGUGGUGCGCUCACUCUUGGCCCACCUCUGCCCUCUUUACAGGCUUUGUGGUGUGUUUGCUCUAUGCACCUGCUGCACUUGUGGUUUGCUUUACCUAUUACCAUAUCUUUCGCAUUUGCCAGCAGCAUAACAGGGAGAUCAGUGAACGGCGGGCACGUUUCCCCAGCCAGGAGAUGGAGGCUGGUGAGGGGAGUGGCGGUGGGCAUCACGGAGGGCAUGGACCAGAUCGGCGCUAUGCGAUGGUGCUCUUCCGCAUCACAAGUGUUUUCUAUAUGCUUUGGCUGCCCUACAUAAUCUACUUCCUGCUAGAGAGCUCCCAUGUGCUGGAUAGCCCUGCCCUCUCCUUCAUCACCACCUGGCUGGCCAUCAGCAACAGCUUUUGCAACUGUGUCAUCUACAGCCUGUCUAACAGUGUGUUCCGCCUGGGCAUGCGUAGGCUCUCACAGACGAUGUGCUCCUUCAGCCACUGCGCGGCAGAUGACAGGGACUUUGGGGAGCCUAAACCAAGGAAGAGGGCAAACUCAUGCUCCAUCUGA